AUGUCCUCGGUGGAAAAGUUGGAGACGAUGCUGUUGAUGAAGUUCUCGCGCAUGAUGACGGCGCGGAUGGCCUUCCAGUCGGUGGCGUUCUCCCCGAGCAGCAGGCAGAUGGACUCCAGCGCCACCUUGACGAUGGCCGGCGGGUUGCCCAUGGAGCGCACCUCCACGAGGUGCUGCUUCUUGAUGGACUUCACCGCUGUAUAUCGGAGCGCCGCCGUCCGUCACCCGCCAAGCGAGAGCGAGAGAGUACAAAAAGAGAGAAACAAAAGGCCUUUAGCGUUGCGACAUGCGGCCGGCGGCGCGCGU